AUAGGAGACGCCGCAGUGGGCACCCUGUGUGUGAGAGUCCAGCCUUGGGCCAGAGUGCCGGGUCUAGGCCUGGAAGCGCGAGGCGGGCAUUUCGGAAGAGAGUGGCGCGGCGUGGGGCGCCGCGAGGGCACUACGAGCCCAGGAACUGCCGCGCCGGCCCGAUUUUCCGCGGCUGUAUAAGGACUAGCGCUUCGGUAGCCGGGGAGCUGGAGGGAACCUGAUUUGAGAUCAAUUCUUGGAGAACACAAAGAAGUGUGAUGCAUGCAGAUGAUGUGGAGAAGUGAGUGAGUGACAAUAUUUCAAGGUUACGUUGAAGAGCAUACAGUGAACCUUAGUGCCUGGACCAACAGCUGCUGAAUUGAAUUGUCUGCAAUUAAAGCAACAGCAGGAUUGAACCAGCUGCCCUUUGACCCUGCUAACAACAACGAGCCCCUGCAGUUUGGUAGUGCCAGUGGCCCUCUGGUCACAGAAGGCCUCAUUGAGAAUGGAGGGGAAUCAAGCAAGAAAAGAAAGAGAACAAAUACUCCUUCAGCUGAUAACAGUAGAACUCUGAACGUGGAUUCCACUGCAAUGACACUACCUAUGUCUGAUCCAACUGCAUGGGCCACAGCAAUGAAUAAUCUUGGAAUGGCACCGCUGGGAAUUGCCGGACAACCAAUUUUACCUGACUUUGAUCCUGCUCUUGGAAUGAUGACUGGAAUUCCACCAAUAACUCCAAUGAUGCCUGGUUUGGGAAUAGUACCUCCACCAAUUCCUCCAGAUAUGCCAGUAGUAAAAGAGAUCAUACACUGUAAAAGCUGCACACUCUUCCCUCCAAAUCCAAAUCUCCCACCUCCUGCAACCCGAGAAAGACCACCAGGAUGCAAAACAGUAUUUGUGGGUGGUCUGCCUGAAAAUGGGACAGAGCAAAUCAUUGUGGAAGUUUUCGAGCAGUGUGGAGAGAUCAUUGCCAUUCGCAAGAGCAAGAAGAACUUCUGCCACAUUCGCUUUGCUGAGGAGUACAUGGUGGACAAAGCCCUGUAUCUGUCUGGUUACCGCAUUCGCCUGGGCUCUAGUACUGACAAGAAGGACACAGGCAGACUCCACGUGGAUUUCGCACAGGCUCGAGAUGACCUGUAUGAGUGGGAGUGUAAACAGCGUAUGCUAGCCAGAGAGGAGCGCCAUCGUAGAAGAAUGGAAGAAGAAAGAUUGCGUCCACCAUCUCCACCCCCAGUGGUCCACUAUUCAGAUCAUGAAUGCAGCAUUGUUGCUGAAAAAUUAAAAGAUGAUUCCAAAUUCUCAGAAGCUGUACAGACCUUGCUUACCUGGAUAGAGCGAGGAGAGGUCAACCGUCGUAGCGCCAAUAACUUCUACUCCAUGAUCCAGUCGGCCAACAGCCAUGUCCGCCGCCUGGUGAACGAGAAAGCUGCCCAUGAGAAAGAUAUGGAAGAAGCAAAGGAGAAGUUCAAGCAGGCCCUUUCUGGAAUUCUCAUUCAAUUUGAGCAGAUAGUGGCUGUGUACCAUUCCGCCUCCAAGCAGAAGGCAUGGGACCACUUCACAAAAGCCCAGCGGAAGAACAUCAGCGUGUGGUGCAAACAAGCUGAGGAAAUUCGCAACAUUCAUAAUGAUGAAUUAAUGGGAAUCAGGCGUGAAGAAGAAAUGGAAAUGUCUGAUGAUGAAAUAGAAGAAACGACAGAAACAAAAGAAACUGAGGAAUCAGCCUUAGUAUCACAGGCAGAAGCUCUGAAGGAAGAAAAUGACAGCCUCCGUUGGCAGCUCGAUGCCUACCGGAAUGAAGUAGAACUGCUCAAGCAAGAACAAGGCAAAGUCCACAGAGAAGAUGACCCUAACAAAGAACAGCAGCUGAAACUCCUGCAACAAGCCCUGCAAGGAAUGCAACAGCAUCUACUCAAAGUCCAAGAGGAAUACAAAAAGAAAGAAGCUGAACUUGAAAAACUCAAAGAUGACAAGUUACAGGUGGAAAAAAUGUUGGAAAAUCUUAAAGAAAAGGAAAGCUGUGCUUCUAGGCUGUGUGCCUCAAACCAGGAUAGCGAAUACCCUCUUGAGAAGACCAUGAACAGCAGUCCUAUCAAAUCUGAACGUGAAGCACUGCUAGUGGGGAUUAUCUCCACAUUCCUUCAUGUUCACCCAUUUGGAGCAAGCAUUGAAUACAUCUGUUCCUACUUGCACCGUCUUGAUAAUAAGAUCUGCACCAGCGAUGUGGAGUGUCUCAUGGGUAGACUCCAGCAUACCUUCAAGCAGGAAAUGACUGGAGUUGGAGCCAGCCUGGAAAAGAGAUGGAAAUUCUGUGGCUUCGAGGGCUUGAAGCUGACCUAAAUCUCUUUGCCUAACAACUUGGGAUCCUGAAGAUAAAUAUGUGUUGGACAAGCAUAGAAAGUGAUUUGUAUUUUUAAUGGUUUUCAAGUGGAAGUUCCUUUGAAUUUGUCAGUUCAUUCCUGGAAAAUCUUUUGAGUUAAAAUAAGGAUCCUAGGACAGCACCUCGAACUACAGGCCCUAAAGAGAAAUUGCCUCAAACCACAAGUGCUGUAACUUCCUCCCCUUUCUGUCAAUUGGUUGUCUUUAAAUAUUGCAAAAGUCCUGAUGCUAAACAGUAUUUGGAGUGUUUUCAGUGUCUGUACUACUGUUGUAGACCUUGGUAUUUUUUUAAACACUGUUAACUGAAAUGUUUUGAUGAUUUGUAUGUGAUUUGUGUUUCUAAACUUCUCUUUACAUUAAUGUUGUUACUGGUGAAAGGCAUGAGAGCAGCACUAAGUCCUCUGUGUAACUGCCAUUGUCUUUCCAAUCCCCAGUAGACCAGUAAAUAAAUAACACAUCAGUGUCUUCUAGAAGGUGCCUGACCAGGUUCACCUUUUAAACGACAAAGCAUGGUUUGUGGCUUUUUGCAAAAUUACUAUGAACCAAAAGUUGACAAAUGUUCCAAAGUUAUUUUCUCUAACAUAUCACAUUAAAGAUCUGUUUCAGAAUUGUAAAAAGUACAUCUAGAUGUGUUUACAGAAAGCAAGUAUCCAGUAUGACUGGCAUGUGUUCAUGCUAUUCAGAAUCACUUGUAAAUAGUCUGCUUUUAAAGGAGGGCAUGUUCAGUUUUCUGUGAAUUAAAAUAUGCUCAUGUGUGGGCACACACGCACAAACACACGCACGCACGCACACAGUGGCAGAAGGGAUUUAUAUUAAUAUUCUUUCCCCUGUGGCCUUCUUACAGUCUGUUGGUCCCUUUGCUUCCGUUGUCAGUGUGUUGAAUUGCAAACCGUGUACUGCUGUAAAUACUAUGUUUACUUCAUGCUGAAUGUUUGCAAAGACUUGAUAUAAGUAUUAAUAGUAAUGAAUCAAUGAAUAAAUAAUGAGCUAGGGUUUGUGAGGCUUUCUACAAAUAGGUCAGCUCCACCUGGAGUGCGAAUUGCCAGAGACACCUUGGUAGUGCCCAUCGGCAAAUCGCAAUGGUAGCAUGUGAGUGGACCAUUCAGAAACUUCUGCUUGGUGGAAAGUAAACAGAGAGGAUGGAGGUUUGGGGCGAAUGUCCUGAGGCAGAGAUGGUCUUUAUUGUGUGUGGUGGUGGUUGUGGUAUUUAUAAUAAUGCAAGCAUACCCUCCCUUGAGUCUCAAUUGAAGAUAAAAGAAUGUACUGAGCAAGCAAAGCCAAUGGAGAGUAUUUCACAAAAAUACUUUGUAAAUGAGAUGCCAGUAGUGUUCAAAGUUGUAUUUUUAAAAGAUAAAUAUUCCUUUUUAUACCUCA